AUGGCUCCCAGGAAAGUAGCUCGUAAAGUGACACAACAACCAGUGGAAGAGCUAAAACGUCGAAAUGCUGUAAAGAAGAAGGGAAGACGGGAAAAGAAGAAGGGGAAGGAAAUGGUAAAAUCUUCUAUGUCAGAAGCCUCGGUACAGUUGGCAGGUACACAAAAUGUAGUCCCAGAUACGGAUGAACAUACCGAAGUGGAGGAACCAGCAAUUUCUUCAUCACAUUCCUCAAUGAUCAAUGGUCAGCACGACAAUUUGCUAGUGAACAGCAGUGGACGUGGGAAAAAGCGGAAACUUCCCUCUUUGAACAGCACUUCUUCCACAGCAAAUCGUACGCUCAAUAGUAGUGCCGGAAGUUUAACCCUUCGUCGACUGAAGAAAUUUUAUUUGUCGGUUGAGAAUUUUUUGCCAACUGAAAAAGGUGAUCGAGUAUUGAGUUGUGGUGAAGGUGAACAGCUUGGACAUCCGGGACGAAACACAACUCGGAAACCGCGAGCUAUUAGUACGCUUCCAGAGGAGAAAUUAAUCGUUCAGGUAGUAGCAGGAGGAGUUCAUUCACUGGUGUUAAUGGAGGAUGGUAUAGUGUAUGGUUGUGGGAUAAAUGAAAAAGGUACAGUACCAGGUGAGGGUAUCGAGCCGGAGGGGUCCUCGGAUAAGCUAACUCAAAUUAAAUUCAAUGAUUCGCUCAUACAACGUCAUGGAAAGGUAGUAAUGCUUACCGCUGGUGCCAGUUUCUCGGCAGCGCUCACUGAUAAAGGCAGCGUAUUCGCUUGGGGUAAUUUGCGGGGUAUGUCGGGUUGCAUUGAAAGCCACGAAACAUUGCUAGAGAUGGAGAAACAACCAGUAGUCAUAGUGCAAUAUCAACAAAAAGUCAUCGUAAAGAUUGCAGCAGGUGAGAAUCAUCUAGUAAUGUUAACAGAGAAUGGAGAAGUGUUGACGUUUGGGGAUGGAUCGGUUGGCCAGUUAGGCAGAUGUUCACGGGUUUCGCACAUCCGCUCGCAGCGAAUGGUAAACGAUUCGCCGGACUCGUUGAGAAUUUCAGUUUAUGAUAAGGGAAAAAAGAAAUUGGUAAUGUUUGACAAUAUUAUGGCUGGUGGUUUUUGGACUGCUGCUCGAUCCGUUGAUGGUGCUAUUUAUGUCUGCGGAUUGAACAAUUUCGGACAGUUGGGUGUACCAACACCAGAAGCUCCAGAAGAUGAAGAUAAUCAACCAGAACUGAAAAUAAUGCAUCCAGUCAAGGCGAGCGCAUUCGAAUGCACAAAAAUUGUUGAUCUGAGUGGUAUCCAGCAUAUUGUUGCUCUGAAUGCACAAGGCGAAAUAUGCGGCAUUGGGAAGAACACGGACAACGCGCUUGGAUUGGGCACAUGGAGUGGUAAGGAAGAUGACCACUGGAAAUAUUCGGAACUACAGAAGAUCGAUAUACCAGAGCCGAUCAAAGGAAUAUCGGCUAGCCUUGGUUGCUCGAUUGUUUGGACUGAUAAUGGAAAUGCCUACUCUUGGGGUUAUGAUUCUUCCGGUCAGCUUGGUUUGGGAAUCAAAGAUGAUGAUGAGAAGAUGGUUCCACGACCGCAGAAGAUUACUUCGGCACAUCUUGAUGGUUACCGCAUCGUUGGAGUAUCUUUGGCGGACAAUCAUGCUCUUUUCCUUGCUAAAAAAUUAUGA